AUGUCGCGAAAAGCUCAAAAGCCACUGUCUGACGACACUUCUUCAGAUGAAAGUGAUCAUGAGUUCUCAGAGGCCGAAAAUGAAGAGGAGCAUGCGCAGGCGAGAGGCGCAAGUCGCAUGAACGUUGACGAGAAGGACUCAGAUGAAGAAGAGCUCGAGCGGCUGGUACUCGGCAACAAGGCCGGGUUUCGCGCCAAUCUGUUCAAAGACACCACGGACUCGGAUGAGGAGGAUGGGUUGAGAAAUCUGCGACUCGAUGAUGGCGCUCUUGCGGUCACGGGGGCACCUAGUCUGGAGGACCUCGACGACUCCGCCCUGUUCAUGCUGGAUGUUGGCUCGGGAAGUACUGGUGAAAAGCAGCUUACAGCAGCUCCUGUCCCGCACGGCGACGAGGACGAGAAGAAGAGGGCUGGUCCUCAGCCAGCGUGGGCAGACAGUGACGACGAAAGACUGACCGUGUCGCUUGCCGGCGUGAAGCAGCUGCGGAAGCUGCGCGAGACCGAGGCGGACGAUCUUGUCAGUGGGGCCGAGUACACCAGGCGGCUGCGGCAGCAGUACCUUCGACUUAACCCGCUUCCAGCCUGGGCCAGAGAAGCAGCUGCAGACGGCAAGAAGAAGCGGAGGAGACGGUCCUCGGCUGCCUCGUCCGCUUCCGGAUCUGCCAGCGGCUCGGAACUCAGCGGGGAUGAUGCCGACGACGACAACAUGUCUGCCCUGCCGCUGGAGAGAUUCCUUCGCGAUGCUAGCGCCCUCGAUGGCAGUGGCGGGCGCCGCAAGAAGCGCAAGCUCCGCCCAGAGGUCCUCGACAUCCAGCGAACGCGCGACAUCCCCGACACCCAUCGCGGGCCCGUGGAGUCGCUGUCCUUCCACCCUCAACACCCUGUGCUCCUCUCCAGCUCUACUGCAUCCAUCCUGUACCUCCACCAUGUCAGCCCCGGGGCGCACCCCACGCCCAACCCGCAACUCACCUCGGUGCAGGUCAAGUCUGUGCCUGUUCGGCGGUCCGCCUUCCUGCACCCUAACGGCGAGGAGAUUAUUUUUGCGGGGCGGCGGCGCUUCUUCCACAGCUGGAAUCUGUCUACCGGUCUGGUCAAGAAGGUCACCAAGAUUCAGGGUCACCAGCACGAGCAGCGCACCAUGGAGCGCUUCCGGCUUGCGCCUGAUGGGCGGCACAUGGCGCUCAUCGCGACGAGCCGCAAGGGUGGCGGCAUGCUGAACAUCGUGUCCGUCAGUAGUAUGCAGUGGGUCGCACAGGCGAGGCUCGACAGCAGGGGCGGCAUAGCGGAUUUCUCCUGGUGGAGAAAUGGGGAAGGGAUCACAAUUCUGGGGCGUGAUGGUCAGGUCGCAGAAUGGUCGCUGGCGACAAAGCGGACCGUCGGACUCUGGAGGGAUGAGGGAUCCGUGGGCGGGACCGCGAUGGCUCUAGGCGGGAGAGGCGGGCCGGAGGGCCUGGGUGGGGACCGCUGGGUGGCGAUGGGCUCGAGCAGUGGUGUGCUGAAUAUUUACGACCGGAAUGACCUUGUCGAAAAGACCAACGACGAUGGCAGUCUCGAGAUCAAGGCGCUGCCCGAGCCCACCCGCCGCUGUGAGCAGCUUACAACACCCAUCACCACGACGACCUUCAGCGGCGAUGGCCAGCUGCUCGCGUUCGCGAGCCAGCACAAGAAGGACGCACUCAAGCUUGUACACCUGCCGAGCUGCACGGUGUACAGGAACUGGCCGACGGAGAAGACACCGCUGGGGCGCGUGACGGCUGUGGCUUUUGGAAGCGGGAGGGAAGCGGAGAUGAUGCUUUCGGUGGGCAAUGAUAUUGGCAAGGUGCGGUUAUGGGAGAUCAGGCCCUAAGAGACGGAGGAAUCGUGAGGUCUUUUCCUUUAUCAUUUGCCGUGUGGCAGGACAUGCGCGGUCGUCAAGAAGGAAAUGCAACAUAUCUCUUACAAAAACUACACGGAUACCCUUCUAUUAUCUCUCCAUCUCAUCAUCGUUGCGCCCUCUCAUUCAUCCAUGGACCCGUCUUCCCACACCAAUCUCCACAGGAUGCGAAACCGCCGUUCAACUCUUCACUUGCAACUCCCUCGGCCUUGCCUCCUUUCAAGAUUACAGGAUCCUCGCUAGCAGCAACUUGAGAGGACUCUCGUCCGUGAUAUGCUGGCGUGGAAAGACCUUCUUGGUUCUCACCGUGUACUCCGCCAGUGCCCGUUGAGUCCUAAAGAAUUCCACGUUCACGGGCUCCGCCAACACUGCCUCGCGCGCCUGCUCGUCGGUCAUCAACUCGGCUACAGCAUUACGCUGCUUGACGGCCGCCAGAAAAUCGUGUAUGUUAACCCAUACUUUCUUGAGGGCCUAUUUCACAUGAUUGGAAAAAAAAAAUAAGGAACGGGUCAGCAUCGGCCUCGAAAAGCUGUCCUUUUCCUCUCUGUUUGAGAAUCCGGGUGUACCACAAAGCCACUCACCUUUUUGCACUGCGUCUUGCUCUUGAAGUCACCCAGGCCAAGGUCGUGAAGGAACCGCUCCCAGUUUGACUCGAGUGUGUCGUCGAUGAUAUAGACCUCCCAGUCCUUGACGAUGGCUUUCUUCUUGGCCUUGCCUUUGGUCUUGGCGGCGUUGUUGCUGUGAGGCUCUGCGUUUCGACGGCGCGGCAUGGUUGCACUUGUUCUGGUCCUGUGUUUGAUGAAAGCUUGGGGGAGGGGGAUAGGGGUAGUGAUGAAGAUCCGUUCAAUCAGAGGGCAACAGCGGAAGGGAAAUCGAUAAUUUAAAUCUCAAAUAUCUCCAGCCUGCUUUGUGGAGAUUUCAUUACUAUUC